UAAUGGGAGUGAAGAAUGUUGGCUUCCAUUUUCACAUCAUCGGCUUCGAUACUCUUACCCAAGCGCACAGCCUUCUCUCUCUCACGGACCUCCACUUUUUCUCGCUUUCAAGUCCGUUCCAUGGCUGACUCCGUCUUCAAGAAAAUCCAGAUUCAAAGGGACGACACUGCAUUUGAUGCGUAUGUGGUUGGCAAAGAAGAUGCUCCUGGCAUCGUUGUGCUUCAAGAGUGGUGGGGUGUGGAUUUUGAAAUCAAGAACCAUGCUGUGAAAAUUUCUCAACUUGGCCCUGGAUUUAAAGCACUUAUCCCAGAUUUGUACCGGGGAAAGGUCGGUUUGGAUGUUGCAGAAGCACAACACUUGUUUGAUGGUCUUGAUUGGCAAGGUGCUGUCAAAGAUAUCCGUGCUUCAGUUAACUGGCUUAAAGCAAAUGGUUCAAAAAAGGUUGGUGUAACUGGUUUUUGCAUGGGGGGUGCUCUCACUAUUGCAAGUUCUGUUCUGGUGCCUGGGGUUGAUGCUGUUGUCGCAUUCUAUGGAGUUCCUCCACCAGAACUUGCAGACCCUGGCCAGGCUAAGACUCCUGUUCAGGCUCAUUUUGGGGAGCUUGAUAAUUUUGUUGGCUUUUCAGAUGUGACGGCUGCCAAGGGUUUGGAGGAGAAGCUGAAAGUGUCAGGAGUUCCAUAUGAAGUACACAUUUAUCCAGGCAACGCACAUGCUUUCAUGAACAGGUCUCCAGAUGGUGUGAAGAGAAGGAAGAGCAUGGGAUUGCCUGAUGAGGAUGAAACUGCAGUUGAGUUGGCUUGGUCUCGCUUCCAGUCAUGGAUGACACUUUACUUGUCUGCUUAAGUAGCUAAGCUUCCUUGUUUUAUACAUAUCCCUCUUAUGCUACUUCUACCUUCAAUGGUGGCCCUUUGUAUUAGCAGGACAUCUUCGCUGCCCAAGAUGCUGUUAUUACUGUUAUGGUGGUUACUUAUCAAAUAAAUUACUGUUAUGAUGGUUAAAAUAUUAAUUUAAAAGAUUAAAUUUAUUAUUUCUUAUCAA